AUGUCGUUUCCCGACUACGCGGUGCAGCAGUCCGAUAUACUGGCCAAGCUACCACAAGGAUCCGGACUGUGGUUUCUCCAAUCCCCGGAGUUCACCGAAUGGUUGGAAGCAGGCUCCAGUAGCACGCUCUUUUGUCCCGGCAUCCCCGGGGCAGGGAAAACAGCAAUCGCGGCCAUCGCAGUCGACUAUCUCUUGAAGACGGCCCAGGCUCGCUCAGCUGGGGUAGCAUACGUGUAUUGCAACUACAAAUCACAGAGCAGCCAGUCGACUGUCAGUUUUCUUGGGUCCAUCCUAAAGCAGCUCUUGCGAUUCCGCUCAGCGGUUACCGAAUCCUUACUCCGGCAGUACAAGACAUCGUCAAACCUGUCACUUGAUGACAUACUCAAAGAGCUCCGCUUCAUGGUGACGGAGUCCGCGGCCACUUACAUUGUCAUUGAUGCUUUAGAUGAGUGUUCCAACAGUGAGGGCGUCGUCCCCUCACUUCUGGGGGCUCUUCGACAUCUGCAACGAGAAGGCAAAUUGUGUCUUUUAUGCACAUCGCGGUCCAUUCCGGAGAUUGAGGACCACUUUACAACAGAUCCCAGGCUGGAGAUCAGUGCAAAAGACACUGACGUCCGACGCUUUGUGAACUGCCAGAUGCACCGGUUCCCAAGGUGCAUCCAGAAAGACCCUGAGCUCCAACAGCUGGUGGUGGAAAAGAUUGUGGCAACGGUGGGCGGCAUGUUUCUCCUCGCCCGACUUUAUACGGAUUUGCUGCUUGAUAAACGAACAAAGGCAAAGGUUCUGGCAACUCUAGACAAACUAUCACAGACCUCCCAGUCCAUCGAUGAAGCAUACAGCCAGGCUAUUGAGAGACUCGAUUCCCAACCGCCAGAAGACAGAUCUCUGGCGAAGAGGGCUAUAGGCUGGAUCGUGUCUGCUCAGAGGCCGUUGACGACAGGGGAACUCCGCCACGCGCUUUCGGUUGUCGCAGGCGAGGGAGAGCUCAACAUGGAUGACAUCGUCGAUGCAGAGGAUAUUGUUUUGGUCUGCACCGGCCUGGUCACAAUCGACCAAGAAAGCGACGUGAUCCGUCUCGUCCAUUAUACCGCCCAGGAAUAUUUUCAACGCGUAAGGCCGAUCUGGGUUGGGGUGGUACAGGAAGAAUAUUUUGCGUCCGUGUGUCUCACCUAUCUCUCCUUCGACUGCUUCGCAGACCAGACUGGCACAUCGGGUGAACUCCCAAUGAAGCUAUACCCGUUUCUGGGUUACGCGGCCCGGUACUGGGGCGUCCAUGCCCGGUCGACGCAAGAGCCAAUCUCUGGUUUAGCCCUGCGCCUUCUGUUGAACUCCCCGUUGGUAUCCUUCAGCGUGCAGGCGGCUUUCCGAGACAGCGGUGCGGGAUGGAUGGCGCGUUCUCGUCGCGGUCUUGAUCCAGGCGCCACAAAUUUAAACAUUCACGUCAUGGCUGCGUUCGGCUUGAAUUUCAUCAUGGACCAGGUCACAACGCGGCAAGGAACCGCUACCCUGGACGUGGCGGACCGCAACGGAAGAACUCCCCUCUCUUUCGCGGCCGAGCAUGGACAUGACGCGGUUAUUUCAUUGUUGCUGGGCCACAAUGUUGAGAUAGAUGCCCCAGACCGCUCAGGCAGGGGGCCGCUGUCAUAUGCUGCCAGUGGUGGGCAUCAAACGGUGGUAGGGCUGCUCCUGCACCAUGAUGCCUACGCCGACGCAAGAGAUGCCGGCGGUCGGACACCCCUGUGGUGGGCUGCCCAAGAGGAUUCGACAGCGGCGGCAAAAGAGCUCCUCAACCACGGCCGAGUUGACACCAAUGCCGCCGACACUUGGGCUGGCCAAACUCCGUUGCACCUGGCGGCUAGGGGAGGAUUCAAGGAGAUGGUAGAGCUCCUGCUCGGCCAGAGCGCCUUAGACCCCGGCGUUUCCGAUAUGGAGGGGAGGACUGCGCUAUGGUAUGCGGGCGAGCAGGAUCACCAUGAAAUUGCACGCAUCUUGCUGGAGAUCGAGGCUGUUGGAGAAAAUGCAAAAGACAUCUACGGUCAGACUCCGCUCGCGGCAGCGGCAUCCAGGGGCAACACCACCACUGUUACUCUUCUUUUGCAGAAUACCCGGGUCGACGUCGAGUCUAGGGACAUGUACGGGAGAACACCGCUGGCCCUGGCCGCCGAAUAUGGCCAUGCAACGGUGGUUGAGCAGUUGCUCGCAACAAGAUGCGAUAUCGACGCGGACUGCAGAGACCAAGACAACUGGACACCGCUUCUGAGCGCGGCGUACGGAGGCCAUAAACCGGUGCUGGAAGCACUGUUGAGACAUGGCGCUGCUGAUGUCAACGCAGCCUCGCAAGGCGGACUCACGCCCCUGUCGUGCGCACAGCAUAGUUCACGAAAGGACUGCGUUGCCAUCCUUCUAGGACACCAGAAUAUCCAGGCAGACAAUCGGCGAAACUCCAUGACAGAAUCCCGUCAAGAUGAAAGGGCAGUCUUUCGGCAUACUAGUACGCAAAUCCAACACAAUACCAACGCAGCAGCGACUUCCUGCUCGACAUCUCCUGCUUGUGAUCUUGACAACCUUAUCAGCCGUCUACUACAAGCCGGAAAGCACAGAGUUAAACCGAGAUUCCUGCCUUCGGCCGAAGAAAUUCGCUAUCUCUGUAUCGAAGCUCGAAAGGUCCUCCUCUCGCAGCCUUCGCCAUUGGAGUUGACCGCACCAAUCAAGGUAUGCGGUGAUCUUCGCGCCAACUUUCCCGCACUUGUACGACUAUUUACCCUGCACGGUCUGCCUCCUGUGAGCAGCUAUCUGUUUCUCGGCAACUAUGUCUACAACUGGCGAUCUAUCGAGACGAUAUGCCUCCUCUUGGGUCUCAAGAUUAAGUAUCCCGAGCAUGUAUUCCUGUUACGAGGAAGACACGAAACGCGCGAGCUAAGUAGAAUAUGUGGCCUUCAUGAUGAAUGCAAGCGGGCAGAACUGGAUGCCGGCGUAUGGAAACUGUUCAACAAAUGCUUCGACUGCCUACCUGUUGCAGCCAUUAUCGGGGAGAGAAUCCUGGCAGUCCCAAGGGGCUUGAGUCCGGAUCUCCAUCAUCUGGAACUAAUACGGCGUCUCUGGCGACCACUAGUGAUCCCCGACAGCGGACUCGCCUGCGACUUGCUCUGGGCCACUGCGAAAGAGGACGUUUCCUCAUGGGUUGAAUCGGAGGAGGGAGUCUCCUUUUCGUUUGGCCCCGAUGUUAUUGCUCGGUUUGUGGACCAGCAUAAUCUCGACUUGAUCUGUGUUUCUGGAGAUGCACUCGAUCAUGAUUACGAGUUUUGCGCCGGGCGCAAGCUCGUCAAAUUGUUUACAUCGCCGAAUUACAUGGAUGAGUUUGACAACCUGGGCGCUGUCAUGGAGGUGGAUGAGUCGCUGCAGUGUUCUUUUCAGGUUCUGACACCUAACUGA